GGUAAGUCGGUUUAAUUUGAACGGGGAGUAGUAUUUAUACGGUUAAACCAGACCCAUUUCUCAUUCUCUCUAAGCAUUUUUUUUUGAGGGAAAAAUAAUUCUAAUCAUUUCUUUAAAAACUUGGUUUAAUGGCGAUUACGAAACGCGAACAUCCAUUGACAACAAAAGAAGAAGAAGAAGAAGAAUACCAUGCAAAGAGACUCAAGAACAACGUAACAUCAAACGGUUCAGAUCAAUCUCCAUGUCUUCGUGUUGUUCUUAAUCCCGCAGACUGUGAUUUGGCUUUCAAUAUUGAAGCUGAUGGGAUCACAGGACACGCACUUUAUGAGAAAGGAUUUGCUUAUUGCUGGUCCGGUUCACGGGCAAACAUCGGAAUCACUGGAGGGAAAUACUGUUUUGGAUGCAAAAUCGUUUCUGAUCAGCCUGUGGAAAUGAAAGGCACUCCUCUUCCCCAGCAGCAUGUUUGCCGUGUUGGCAUUUCAACAAGUGAUGAUCCUGUAGGCAACCUCGGUGAAACUAAAGGUAGUUUUGGGUACGGUGGAACUGGGAAAUUCUCUACCGAUAGCAAAUUUGUAGAUUAUGGUGAAAAGUUUGGCAUUGGUGAUACAAUCCUCUGCUUAGUGGAUCUUGAAAGUAAACCUCUUGCUUCAUUGGAGUUCUCCAAAAAUGGGAAACGGUUAGGUAUCGCAAAGCAUUUUGAUGCAGGCACCAAAGGUCUUGGAUUAGCCCUCUUUCCUCAUGUUUUGCUUAAAAAUACUGGUGUUAUGAUGCAAUUUAGCAUUGAGGAUGGACUAGCUCCUGAAGAAGGGUACAGGCCAUGGGCCUCGGCUGUGACGGAUGGAAAAGCAAUAAUUGGACCUGCCUUUUCUGACCCACAGGAUUGUGAGGUGAUAAUGAUGGUGGGAUUACCAGCUUCCGGAAAGACUACUUGGGCUGAAAAAUGGGUAAAAGAACAUCCAGAAAAACGCUACAUUUUGCUUGGAACAAACCUUGCCCUUGAUCAGAUGAAGGUUCCAGGUUUAUUGCGGAAGUUCAACUAUGGUGAACGUUUUGAUCGUUUAAUGGACCAAGCAACUGGAAUUUUUAACACUCUGUUAUCAAGGGCUUCCAAGGUAUCUAGGAAUUACAUCUUUGAUCAGACUAAUGUUUACAAGAGUGCUCGAAAGAGGAAAUUGAAGCCAUUUGCAUUCUUUAACAAGAUUGCUGUUGUGGUCUUCCCAAGGCAAGAGGAGCUAAAGGUACGCGGUGAGAAAAGAUUUAAAGAAAUGGGAAAGGAAGUACCUUUAGAAGCAGUUAAUGAUAUGUUAGCUAAUUUUGUUCUGCCCAUGAGCAAGGACAUGCUUGGAACAGAUGAGUACUUUGAUCAGGUCAUCUUUACAGACCUCGGUAGGGAUGAGGCGCAGCAGCACCUAGUUGAGAUGAAGCAUGCCCUCUUAUUGUCAUCUAACGUGAACCCUAAGAGUGAUCAUUCACCAUAUCCCCGUGAAAGUUCUGUUAACUCAGAUUCUAGGUUGUCAGCUGGCCCUGGAUAUCUUCGUUCAGGAUAUUCAACCCCCUCGGCAGGACUCCAAACAGAUUUGGGGCCGUGGAUCUCUUGGAUUGAUCGUCCUGAACCUGGCUUGCAGACAAGUCCUGCCAACGUGAAUAGAGGAUGUUCAGAGGUGUCAAUGCAGCCAUUUUCCUUCAAUGUAAAUACCAGAUAUGAAAGCCCUGGGUUUUCUGGCAGAUCAGAACCAUCAGCUGGGUCCUACGGCCCCUAUCAAGGGAGUUUGAAUGUAAUGCCUUCCAGGGAUAGUUUUCCUGUAACGAACUCAAGUUACUGCAAUCGUGGUCUCAGGGAAGAUGGAGGUUACCCUAGAACAUACUCAAGUUAUAGCAAUCCUGGUCUCGGGGAUACUGGAGGUGGUUAUGCCAGAACAUACUCAAGCUAUAGCGAUCCUGGUCCUAGCAAUGGUUUCUUUCAGAAUGGCCGCUAUAUUUUUGAUCCUCCUUAUGUUUCGCCUUAUGGAAUUCUAUAUUCAGGGCCUGGGGAAAGCUACCCUGCUGAUGUACAUCAUACUGGAACUGCACCUUACAACCCUCCCAUACAUUACUAACUGCUCAUGCUGGAUCUCUGGAAUCGAGACAGUGCGUAAUUUGUUAAUAUGGAGACUGAUAAACUGUUUUGGUGUAAAAAAUUUCUGUGAAUAUUUCUUUUUAACUCUUGCUUAGGUACUUCUAAUAAUUGUAAAAGUUCAAAUCAGUGUUGAUUAAUCCAAUAUUUCAAAACUCUAUACAAAUAGAAACUGCAGUCUGAAGAUGGUACAACUGGUUAUACCUUUCAGAGUA